AGGACAUGGGAUUUUUGGAAUACUCCAGAAAACUCAGAGCAGAGCAGACAAAGUAUGGGCGGACCCACCAGCUGUAGGAUAUAUUCGUAUUCCCAUGCUUAUCCUAGCGGAGUGGAUUGGCACGCUUCUCUUUCCUGUAGACAAGCUGCAAAUCUUUAUCUUGCUGGGGAAGGGGUCAGGGAAGAGGAGACGGAGAAGAAGAACAGAGAAGGGGACGAGGCUUUGCCUAGCUCGUUGGGGCUCUAUGGAGAUCCAGCACCACGGCGGGGUUGGCAAUUCGAAGGUUGUGAAGGUUCAGAGCCAGGAGGCAUGGGAUCUGUUCACCGAUCAAGCAAGCAAAGAAGGGCGACCUGUUGUUGCUCAUUUUGGGGCAUCAUGGUGUGUGACGUCCCUGUCCAUGAACUACAAGUUUGAAGAGCUUGCUCAGACCCACCCUGAGGUCUUGUUCCUCUACGUAGACGUUGAUGAUGUCCAGAGUGUUUCAUCCAAGUACGGAGUGAAGGCGAUGCCGACAUUUUUCCUCAUCAAGAACAAGGAGGUGGUGAGUAAGAUCGUUGGGGCGAACCCAGAUGAGGUGAAGAAGCUGGUGGACGCUUCUGCUGAACCCUUCCAAACUCAGAUUGUCGUGGAAUAGCCGUUUCAGUCAUGUCUUCGGAAACUGCUCUGUGAGACUGUGGGCGUGAGUGCUUCUUGGUCAGGGUCUGGAUGUCCCAGACUGUCCAAUGUCGCUCGUGUUGGCCGUGUGUGUGACUCUGAUGGGUGUCGCUUUGUAGUAGUAGCAGCCUUGCUUCUUCUGUUGCCUGUUGGUCUGGUCGUGCAGGUGCAGCUGACUGUAGUGUGACUCUGAAUGUUGCAUCUGUUCUGGGGGUUGAAAAUAAACCAACAAAACUAGCUCGCUCACUUACUGGCUACUGUAAUCUUUGCGCCAUGCAGGGCAGCUUUAUUUGUUGUUUUUCUGGAAAUCAAAACAACUUAACACUCUCCA